AUGGCCCACGCCGCGCUCCCCGCCGCGCCCCGCGCUCCCCGGCUCCUGCGGGCCACACUGCUGCUGCUGCUGCUCCUGGUGGCCGCCGACCGGCGCGCAGCAGGAGCGCCCGCGCCCCCCGAACUGCGCUGCCAGUGCUUGCAGAUGGUGCAGGGAAUUCACUCCAAGAUCCUUCAGAGCUUCAAUAUAACGCCCCCAGGUCCGAACUGCGACCGGACUGAAGUCAUAGCCACUCUCAAGACUGGGCAGAAAAUUUGUCUCAACCCCGAGGCCCCCAUGGUAAAGAAAUUCCUGCAGAAGAUGCUCAGCAGUCUGAGCAAGAAGCAAGAUCCUCUCAAUCCCCUUACUCUGCACACUGCCGCAGUCCCUGAUUUGGCCAAGUUUGUUACUUGCAUUGAUCUAAGUCAUGUUGUCCUGACUGAGCGCACAGAAAAGAAGGAAUGUUAA